AUGGAGAAAGGAAAAAGAGAUUAUUAUGCACACUGUCUGAUCUUACCAUAUCCAAUCCAAGGUCACAUAAAUCCUAUGCUCCAAUUUGCGAAGCGUUUGAGGCACAGACGAAUUAAAAUCACGCUUGCAGUAACGAAGUUUUUGUUCGGCACAAUGCAAGAAUUCCCAGAUUUUGUUUCCAUAGAAACAAUCUCCGAUGGAUUUGACGAGGGAGGGAGGGCUCAAGCAGGGAGCUUUGAAGAAUACUUCGAAACAUUCAGUCGAGUUGGCGCAGAAACUUUGAUGGAACUUCUUGAAAAGCUUAAAAACUUGGAUUGUGCUGUUGAUUGCAUAAUUUUUGAUCCAUUUCUUUCAUGGGGUUUUGAUGUUGCAAAGAAAUCCGGGCUUUUAGGCGCGUUGUUUUUCACUCAAUCAUGUGCUGUCGACAAUAUUUACUACCAUGUAUACAAGGGGGAACUUAAACUUCCUCUUUCGGAUGAUGAAAUUAUCAUUCCUGGAUUGCCUCCACUAGAGCCUAAAGACACUCCUUCUGUCAUUUACAUUCCUGGAUCACACCCCACAGCUCUUAAAAUGCUCGUGAAUCAGGUUGAGCACCUCGGGGAAGCAGACUGGACGUUUGUCAACUCAUUUUACGAGUUGGAACAAGAGGUAAUCGACUCAAUGGCAAAGUUUUCAUUGCUAAAGACAAUUGGACCAACAAUACCAUCAAUGUAUAUAGACAAGCAACUACAAGAUGAUAAAGAAUAUGGUCUCAGUAUCUUCAAGCCGAACACUGAUGCUUGCAAGAAAUGGCUUGAAGAACGAGAACCUUGUUCGGUCAUUUACGUAUCAUUCGGAAGCUUGUACGAGGUAGGACCCGAGCAAAUGGAAGAAUUGGCAAAGGGCUUAAAAGCUAGCAAUAAGUAUUUCCUUUGGGUUGUUAGAGCAUCAGAAGAAUCGAAACUUCCCAAAAAUUAUGCAGAAGAAUCGUCGGAAAAGGGACUAAUAGUUUCAUGGUGUCCUCAAUUAGAGGUUUUGGCACAUGAUGCAUUAGGUUGUUUCAUCACACAUUGUGGUUGGAAUUCAACUUUGGAGGCCUUGAGUUUGGGAGUACCUAUGGUAGCAAUGCCAUGUUGGACUGAUCAAAGCACAAAUGCUAAAUUUGUGAAUGACGUAUGGAAAACUGGGAUCAGGACUCGGCCUGAUGAGAAAGGAAUAGUUCGAGAUACAGAGAUUGUCCGUUGCUUGGACCUCGUGAUGGACAAGGAGGAAGGUAAAGAAAUUCGAACGAAUGCAAUCAAAUGGAAGAAAAUGGCACGAGAAGCAGUUGAUAAAGGGGGGAGCUCGGAUACAAACAUUGACGAAUUUGCUUCUGCAUUGAUGAAUCCUUCCAUCUGA